UGUGUAACUAAAGUGUGAGCGAGCGGGUGCAUUGGCGAGGCUACCGUAGCGAGGCGAAUGGGCGAGGGACGGUCCCGUUGGUCAUGUGCAUGUUGUCAUCCGUAUUUAAAUAACGUCGGCACGCAUAUGAAAGUGUAUGUAUGUGAUGCGUAACACAACGCAGUAGCAUCAUUAGCAUUUCGCGCUGGUGUGCGGCGGCGACGUGCUCGUGGCACAAAAUUCCCGCAGGUAUAAGUGGCGAUCAGUCGAAGCGAAACCGGAGCUUGUAGUGAAAUUUGACGAGGCGCAGACAAUGGUGCUCCCGAACAACGACUUGCCGGAGCCGGACAACUCCGGUGACGACGGUGGACUGACCGUGCCCGCUUACCACAUGAACCAGCAGGGCUCGUCCGAUUCGGACUCGGAAUUUGGCGACGGAGACAGCGUCGAUGGAGGCGGCUACCAGCUCCUCCCUCAAGACCCAGACCAGGCGAGCGACACGGAGGAACUCGAGGAAGAACACGAGAGUACUCCAGGGUUUAUGGCACUACCCGAGGCCCCCAGUGAGUGGCGACCCACAGAGGAGAUGCUGCGGCCUGCCGAGCCCCGGCCUGUAGAGCCUUUAGGCCAAGCACAAAUUCAAGCGAUCCAGGCAGCUAUGGCAGGGUUCGAACUGCCCAGCUCGCACGUGCCUCCCUGGGCCAAGGAUGUGCCCGAAGAAGAGUGGAAGCAGUGCCUCUACCGCAAGCUCAAAGGCCUGGCAGUGCAGCAGUCGUGACUUGACAGCGUAAAAUCAGAACUUUGUCACUAGUCUUAAGGAAUAAACAUAUUGCUCUUUAUAAUCCAAGCCCCCGUGAUGCCGCCAA